CUAAUGUCAAUGACGUUGAUCGUACACUGGGUACGCUGUAUCGCCUGGGUGGACAGUAUAGUUACUUCAACAUUAAAUGGAAUAAAAUGCCGCGGAUUCAUGUAAAUAGAGACGUCGCUUCAGUGUAAUUAAUUAAUGCUUCUUAAUUAAGACGGGUCAGCUCUGGAGCCGGUGGCGGCAGGCCUAUUUUCGGUUUUUAUCAGCAAUAUUUCAGGGAGAGGACUGACGUCUUCCUCACCACAGCAGCUGUAGGGACGUUUGUCACUUUUGUCUCCGUCGAACAAGCAAUGAUCUGAGGACCUCCGCUCCUGAACCCCCGCACAUCUCUUCACUCUCGCUGCCUGUCAGUUAAAAGGAGUCGACAGCGUCGCCACAUCUGGCCAGAGAAAUGUGUGUGUGUGUGUAUCCUCGGAUGCAUGACUGUGUCUGACUGUUCUUGGGCUGAAGUAAGAGGUCGUAGGCUGCACCUCCUCUCUCACCCUCUGAGAGGCAAAUCUUUACUUGACUGACUACGACUUUUUGUCUCCACAACUGCAAAGCAUCAUGGGUAGGAAAAAGAUUCAGAUUCAACGGAUCACUGAUGAAAGGAACAAGCAGGUGACAUUCACAAAGCGAAAGUUUGGCUUGAUGAAGAAAGCCUACGAGCUGAGUGUGUUGUGUGACUGCGAGAUUGCUCUGAUCAUCUUCAAUCAUGCGAACAAGCUGUUCCAGUAUGCCAGCACUGACAUGGACAAGGUCCUGCUCAAAUACACGGAGUACAACGAGCCUCACGAGAGCCGGACCAAUGCAGACAUUAUUGAGACUUUGAGAAAGAAAGGCUUCAACGGAUGUGACAGUCCAGAGCCAGACGGGGAAGACUCCAUUGACCAAAGUCCCCUAAAUGAUGACAAGUACCGUAAGACCACAGAGGAUCUGGAUGUUCUCUUCAAGCGCUAUGGACAGUCGACCGCUCCGCCCCAAACGUUCUCCAUGCCAGUCACAGUCCAGUCGUCCAAUCAAAGCACACUGCAAUUCAGUAACCCUGGCAACGCACUGGUAACUACCUCCUAUGUAACAUCAUCAUCACUCACCGAUACCCACCUCCUGUCGCCACAGCAACCGGCUCUACAGAGAAAUACGGUGUCUCCUGGGUUACCACAGCGACCAGCCAGUGCAGGCGCUCUUCUUGGAGGCGACCUGAAUAAUUCAAAUGGAGGAUGCCCAAGUCCAGUCCCUAAUGGAUACACCAGUGCAAGGGCCUCCCCAGGCCUCCUCACCGUUUCCAACGGCAACAGUCUUGGGAAAGUAGUUCCGGCCAAGUCUCCACCCCCACCUCCCAGCCCCCAGAUGGUCAACAGCCGCAAGCCAGACCUCCGAGUCAUCACCUCACAGGGUGGAAAGAGCCUCAUGCAGAUGACAGAGGAUGAGCUGGAAUUGGUAAACGAGAACGCGCAGCGGCUCGCAGCAGGAGCUCAGGUGGCUCAAACUCUCACCACACCGGUGGUAUCUGUGGCCACGCCGAGCCUCCUUGCACAGGGGCUGCCCUUCUCCGCCAUGCCCACAGCGUACAACACAGAGUACCAGCUGACCAGCGCGGACAUCACUGCUUUACACGCUCUGGCAUCACCUGGUGGCUUGUUGCCAACCAGUGUGUCCACAUGGCAACAGCAGCAGGCUGUUUCUCAGCAACCCCAGCAACAGCAACAACAACAGCAAGCACAGCAACAACAACAGCAACAACAAAUUAAUCUUGCGUCACUCAGCAACUUGGUCAUGUGGGGCGUGGACAAACAGAGCAGCGAGCUGUCUAGCCAGGUGUCCAGUCUGGCUGCCAAUCUGAGUGUUGGCUCUCCGUCCAACCUGCUCUUGGGUAGAGAUGAGUGGUUGGGCCGGCCUGUGACCCAUAUACCUCAAGGCGCCAUGCUGACCGUCAACACAAACUCCAGCGUGAGCAUCAAGUCGGAGCCCGUCUCGCCCGGCCGGGAUCGCAGCACCCCUUGUCCUCCUCCAUCUUCUACCACGCCGUCCUCAACCUCUGGAGGAGCCAUCCUGACCGCGCCACCACAGUACCCCGGUUCCCUGCUGUGCUUGGAGCCGCCGACCGGCCGCUCACCUGCCGACAGCGUAAGCAGCAACGCCAGCUCCUUUGAAGGCAGCGAUCGUGAUGACACUGGCACAGCUGGCGGCGGUGGUGGAGGAGGCGGCGGCGGCACUACAGGAAGCGCAGGUCCCGGCGGACGGUCCGUGCCGCCCGACUUCAGCCCCUCAGCCGAGCUCCUCAGGGCGUCGAACGAACCAGAGCAGGAGGGAGGAAACAUCAAACGCAUGAGAUUGGACGCCUGGGUCACAUAGAGUCGCCUGCGACUACUCUGCACCCACAGCAAUGUUUCGGUGACACGUAAACACCUACAACACACCCCCACACUCAUCCUUAAAACCCCCACUGCCCCGACCCCACUGCCAUGUGACACUAUCAUCACACAUCUGCCUCUGUUCAAAAUUAUACAACUCAGCUGCGUCACCCAGACUUAUGAGGCUUUGCCAAGAAAAACAUAAAAAAUAAAAACCCUUUGGGGUCACGCUCUGAGUGAGGAGAGGAUGGUUUAGUGCUCAGCUGGGUUUUUGUCCCUGGUAGGCCCUUGAAUAUAAAGGGACAGUAGAUUUUUAAAGCCUUCUUGCUUGAAUGGACUCCAGUAUAGUAAUUUCUUUUAUUAGAAAUGAGGUAUUGAACCUUUUUGCAAUCUGACGAAACCAUAAAAACUUCUCUUUCACGUGGUUUCUGCAUAACCUUCAUGUAUUUACAUUGAGCUCGGCUACAUUGUUCACGAUGUGAUUGCUUGUCAACAUUAUGGGACUUCUGUCAUGUGACUCACCACUUCCUGCUCUUUGAAAUCCAACAUGGCUUGGAUUGUGUGCUGUCCAUUCUUCCAUAAGUCACCUCCAAACUGCACUUUUGGAUAUAACUGAAAUCUGGACGAGUUUGAGGACUGAGCAUCUCUCUGGCACUGAGCGAACAGACUCAAACGAUUGGUUCUUUCCGCUGCCACCUUUACCAGCCUCAGCCUAAACAGCCCUCAGGUGGCACUCUGUGGCUGAGGAGUCGAGGACCUUGCCAGAGUGCCAAUAUCAACCUCUUCAACAUCAGAAAAAUGCCAAAUGCCUCUCGCACACGGUGCAGGGACACUGACGAAUUAUCACUCGCACUGUCACGGAAAAUUAACAAGAACUAUAGAAACUCUGUCGACGCUUUUCAGGCUUUGAAUUCGCCGUCUCCCUCUCCUCAGACUGGGUGUUCCUCCCGUCCCGCCUCACCUCAUCUCCUCUGGAACUUGGAUGGAAAUUGUCGCACCAGAAAUCCAGCCAGUCACUCAGCUUAUUAACCAGGAGUAGAUGCCAUCCAGUUAAAUGCAUAGUAUGAGUUUUUGAGCCUUUUUGGGUAGGGAAGUAUUUGGUUCUUUUAGUCCAAGUGUUCUUUAUCUGUUGGUAUUUAAAAUAAAAUCUGUUUUGAAGGUCUGUUAGUUGUCCAGAACUAGGAAUUCUGACUUUGUAUAAAAAUCACUCCUUAUACAAAAGCUUUGAUGUCCUCUUUAGCUCUCUCUAGCUCUCCUUUAGCUCUUUGCCGUGUUUCAAAAAGUGAAAAGGAAAAAAGACAUUUUCUAUAUUUCUACCGCUUCAGUUGGCGACAAAGUAAAAUAGCUUUUCAGCUUCAACGACGUGUAUGUACAUAUGAAUAUAUUUGCAUAGACUUUGCUAGGUAUCCCUAAAAACAAGCAAUGUGUUGAUUCUCAGUGGAUCUGUUUGCAUAUAUGAGUGUGAAUUUGAUAUGUUUCGAGCUACGGUGCAGGGGUUACACCACACCAGGUAGUGCUGGUGGAUCGGACUCCUUUCAGUAAACCUAUUUUAUGCUAGUGUUGAUGGUGUGUGCACUUUGUCCCUCACUCACAGAGGCCUGCUUGGUUGUGGUGUCAUCAUAUUCUCCUACCACACAUUUAAAAAAAAAAACACAAAAAAAACCCACGAUCAAAGUAAAAUUGUCCAUAACCACCUGAACAUGAACUGAUUAAGACACUGCCAUUCACCUGUAGUGUAGUUGAGCGAUAACACACUUCUUUGAUGCACAUUUUGAUUGACAGAAUCAUGUCUCCACAUCACGCAGACACAGAUUAUGCCUUUUUUCACUUUGAAAUGAAGUCAAGAAAUUGGCUACCAAGUGCUGUGUUUGUUGUUUAAUUGUAUGUUUUCUAGUACAAAUUAGUUUUUGUCUGAACCAUUUCAAGUUUGUGGAUGAGUGUGUGUACACAGGUUGUUUAUAGCCUACAAAUAGAAAGUUUCUGAUUGCUUGACCUUCAUUUUUUUUUUUUCUUUCCUUGAGACGAUGCUCACAGUGCAGACUGGUGUUGUUGACUGUUUAUUAUCUGCUUAAAUAAUCCUACACUUUAAAGUCAGCGUAGGUGAAGUGGAGGAAGUGGACACGACUGCUUUUAUGACUGGGACAAUUAGUCACCGCCCACAGUGGAGUGCGAAACCAGCGUUCGACACACACUGUGGGUUUGUGUCCGGAAAAAAACAUCCCCGCACUGUGCGAGGUUUUCACGCCAGUGUUGGUGUUGAUGUUUUCCACGAUCAGGUGUUUUUCUUUCUUUCUUUCCGUCCCUCCCUCCACAGUGUGGUGGAUAGGUUCUCACUCAGCUAAUCUAAUUUCAGUGCUGUUUUCUUCUGUCAAUCAUCUCUGGUAAAUAAUUUAACAUCCAACACUCAAUAAAGUCAAGUUGGAGAAGAUUUGCCUCGGAAAUUGUUAAAGGAACAGUUCUACAUUUUUGGAAAUUCACUUUCUUACAGAGAGAUACUUAUGAGAUUGAUGCUUAUGUUUGGGAGGUAAAUUUGGACAGCCAGUGGCUGGUUAGCUUAGCAAGUAGCAGGGUAAACAGCUAGCUAUAAACACCUCUGGAGCCAAAAUGGAGUCAGAAAGCAAUUUUCCAUCUAAAUUUGAAUUAAAUUUUCAGCAAAUCAGCAAAAGAAAAUGAAAUAAUUAGCAUUUUGGUCCUGCAGUUGUAAAGAAAGUCAAGUGUUUUUUUCCAAAAUAUUGAACUUUUCCUUUAAAAGAUGCAUCUGAUGAGCGGUAUCAGCCUUCAGACAGUUAACUAUUUGUUCCAUGCAGUCAUUUCCAUUUUUUAAGAAAGAACUAAUUUCCCUUGAGACGCUUUGCGUUUGUGGGUGCUGAUGGUUGACGGAAAUGUGACACCACACCGAUUGGCUUCAACAUCGCGCCUUCGCGCGGGUUUGUAUGUGUACAAAAAGGUUCUCUGUCCAAUCUAGCAGUGUAGUCACGAGACAAUCUAUAUGAGAAAUGAAAACCUGCACCCCUGUUACUUGUUGUGUACAAUGUUUUUUAGGAGCUCACUAUUUUUGGAUUAAUUUGUGCUGGUGACAGUUCCAUUGUCUAUUAUUAUGAUGAUAUUAUUAUGGAGCUUUUAUUUUAUUGCUAUUUUGUGUAGGGUAGGCAACUGUUUUUAUUUUCUCUCUCUUAUUUUCUCUUCCUUAUCAUAAACAUAUAGUACUGGUUUCCUUUUUUUAAACAACUUGCUGAAAAUUGCACGAUGAGUUAUUGUGGUAUUAGCAAAUACAAUGAAGGAAAUACCAGUUAAAUGCUGCAAUUUUAAUUAAGAUAUAGAAUAUAUUUAUAAAAACAGGAAACAACUGAAAUUAGUAAUUCAUGAAAUUUGAGAAAUGUAAAUGCAUGGGAUACAGGUAACAACAAAACUUAUGUUACGUACAGUAAUGAUAAAGGACAUGCAUCACAAAUGAGUUUUAAAACAACUCAGAAUAAUGUAGCAUAUGAAAUACUAAAGAUGAAAUUUAUAGCUAAUAUAUUGUGUUGAGCUAGUCUGCUUUGGGUUUAUUGUAAAGAAAAUAUUUCUUUUUGUUGUUUUUUUUGAGAAUGAUAUACAAUGUGUAUAUUUUCAUAUACAAAGUAUGCACUGAUAUGUUAUUGAAAUUCUAUACCGCUUUUACAAAAAAGUGUUUGUUGUACCAAAGUAUCCAAGUCCCUUGAGACCUUACCCUUUUUGCGUAUGUUUUACCGUAUUUUAUAUAUUAAAUAGACAAACUGAGUGAAAUGAA